CUUUACUUUAACAUCUAUCACUGUGUGUAUAUCACCAUUCAAACAUCUUUUAAGUUUAAAACUCGCGCAUGCGCAAAGCAUAUUUGCAUAUUGGUCAGCCGUCUCGACGUCAAAUGUUCUAUUUGGGUUGCCGUACGGAGUUUGGCGGACCAUCUCGCACAUGCAAUGCAGAUCGGGCAGGGAUGCAGAUCGGGUAUGGCUAAACAUACAGUGCUGUCAUCGGGGGCGAAGUUGUGGAGAUCUCUGGCCUGUGCAAAGUCAGAGCUGCGUCUGGAUCUUACUCUUGCAUGCGGACAAUCUUUCCGGUGGAGAGAAACUGCAGAAGGCCACUGGACAGGAGUGAUAGGAGGAAGGGUUUGGACUCUGACUCAGACAGAUGACACUCUUUGGUACCACAUUUACCAAAGCCUAGACAGGCAAGGGGAGACAAGUGUUUCUCUUCAGCUGGAAAACAAGUCAGACAACAGAUUCAAAGAAGCUGUGAAGAAGGAGGAAGAGGAGCCAGUGGCUGUGACUCCAGUGCAUCAGGACACCAAGGACGAUGAAGAGAUGCUGAGGGAUUAUUUCCAGCUGAAUGUGAAGCUGGGGGACCUUUACAAGGAAUGGGGAGCAGCAGACCACCACUUUAAGCACAUUGCAGUCAUCUUCACAGGUAUAAGGAUGCUGCGUCAGGACCCAACAGAAUGCCUGUUUUCCUUAAUUUGCCACAACCACAUCACUUGUAUCCAGGGCAUGGUGGAGAGGCUGUGUCAGUCUCUGGGCGCACCGCUGUGCCAACUGGAUCAAACCUCUUACCACAACUUUCCUUCCCUGUCUGCGCUCGCAGACACCAGCGUAGAGGCACGGCUCAAGGAUCUUGGUUUUGGGUACAGGGCUCGGUUCCUUCAGCAGAGCGCUAAGCAGAUUUUAGACACCCAUGGGAUCCAGUGGCUUGAAGGUUUGCGCAGUGCCCCAUAUCUGCAGGCCCGUGAUGCUUUGCGUACCCUUCCUGGUGUCUCUCCUAAGGUGGCAGACUGUGUUUGUCUGAUGUCCCUGGAUAAGGCAGAGGCCGUGCCCAUAGACACACACGUGUGGCAGAUUGCUAGACGUGACUACAUCUAUGGAUAUGCCAACGGACAGAAGUAUAUCACAGGGGACUUUUUCAGAAAACUGUGGGGUCCUUAUGCUGGUUGGGCACAGUCGGUGUUGUUGUGCGCUGACCUCAAAAAGUUCCGAAAUCUGAAAGAAAUGCUACAUAUGAAGCGGCCGAAGAAGAAAGAGGAAAAUGAUGAAGAAAAACUGACGGUAGCAGGCAAGAAAAAAAAAUUAAGAAGGAAAAAAUGGAUACUGUGAAGGACAUAAAAGCCAAGGCAGGUCAUCACAAGAAGGCAAAGAAGUCUGCCUAGAAUCACACUGUGCGAUCAGGUAAACAAGCUUCAUACAGCAGGACUCACAUCACAUUACUACACAAUUAUGACACAUUUUGUGUAGUUUCAUAAAAAAGAACGAUCAGAAUGAAAUUGAUAGACACUUUAUACAUGGUACAAAACAAAUUAUUGUAAUACAUUUCUCAGGGUUUUGGUCUACAUGUGUUUUUGUUUACUGUCACCUUUUUUGCCUUCUUUCGUAUGCUUUCACUACUACAGUACAAUACAGCACGCAGGUGUUUUUAUUUUUUAAUAAAGAGAACAUGUAAUAUCUGC